UAGAUAUUCGUUUUCGCUCUUUCUGAACCAAGCGACAUCACUUUCAUGCCAAUUCAUUAACUUUUUUGAAGGUGGGAUGGUCCCGGUAUUUUUGGUCUGCCUAAGAUGGCUGCGCUCGCUAGACACCAUUUUGGAGGCAGUCUCAGGUCUUGGUCUCAGGAUCCCUGAGAAAUUCUGUUCGAUUACUUGCUGAUGCUGUUCUAAGGGCCAAAAUCACUAAUUAAAAGCUGACAUUACUGACAAUGAAGGAUUUCUCAGCGGAACUUCUUAGUAGAAGAACACUACUCCGACAAGUGCCAGAAUCUCUCCAAUGUGGUGUAAUCGGUAUAUAGGGCCUUGGUGUAAUCGCUUUGGCAAUUCCCGUUUUUCACUUCAACUCGUGGUGUUAAGUUGGGUGUCUGCUGUGUCUGCUGAUAUAAUUGCAUUCUUGCGUUCAAUCGUACUUUGCAAGACAAUGUCUGCCAGAAAGGAAAGGAAGAUGACAUCUGGAGAUGAUGAUUUGUGUGUUGUAUGCUUCAAGGACAUAACGAUAAGGUGCAUUAUGGACUGUGAGCACACCAUAUGCUAUGAGUGUUCAACAAGACUGCGUGUUCUCUGUGAAAAGUUGGAAUGUCCAAUAUGUCGCCAGGAAACAACAAUGGCGGUGUUCACCCGCGACAAGGGCUCGUUCCGGUCCGUCUACAUGCGCGCCCUGUUCAACGAGGACCAGUACCGGCUGGCGCUGGAGGAUGAGGGUGUUCGACGCGCCUUCUCCAUGCUGCUAGCGCACACCUGCUCACGCUGCCAGCCGCCCAAGACGUUCCCCGUGUUCAAGCAGUUGGCUGACCACAUGUUGCGCCAGCACCAGUUACAGUUCUGCGAGCUGUGCGUUAAACAUCUAAAGAUAUUUACCAGCGAGAGAAAGCUCUAUACUCGUGAAAAAUUGGCGCUACAUAAACGAAAAGGCGACCCAGAUGAUUCGUCCCACCGCGGUCAUCCUCUAUGUGAAUACUGCCAACAAAGAUAUAAUGAUAAAGAUGAAUUGUUUCUUCACCUUCGUCGGGAUCACUUUCACUGUCACCUCUGCGAGGCGGAUGGACGCCACAUAUUUUAUGACGAUUAUGCGCAUUUGGCCGACCAUUUUCGCGAGGACCACUACUUCUGCGAGCAGGGCCAGUGCAAAGAUGAAAAGUUUGUUGUAUUUCGCAGCGAAAUGGAUCUUAAAGCCCAUCGCCUGACGGUGCACUCCGAGAACAAGAGCCGCGGCCAGCAGCGGCAGGACCGCACCCUGACGCUCGAUUUCAGCUCCGAGCAGCCGGGACGGUGGCGUAGGAACGAUAGAUACGACCGCAACGACAGAUAUGACCGCCGGGAGCCAAGUGGACCCCCGGAGCCGCCGCCGUCGCCGCCGCCGCCUGCGCCCCAGCCGGUCAACACUAGCAGCCAGCAGGAGUUUCCGACGCUGUCCGCGGGCGGCGCCACCGGCGGCGCAGAGCUGCCCGCCAGUCGGGGCAGCCUGGCGCAGCGCGUGGCCACAGCCGCCGGGAAGACGGUCCGCUCCACCCCACACCGUGGCGGCGGCCGGCCCUGGGACAACCGCGCCGUCGCCGUCACUGAUGAGGAGUUCCCGAGCCUGGGCGGCGGCCGCGCGGCGCCGCCCCCGUCCGCCGCCCCCGCCCCCGCCGCGCCGGCGUUCAGUGUCAGCGUACAGCGGCGGCCGGCCAAACCGGGCCGGGCCGCGCCGUCCCGCCCGGCGACCUCCGCAGAGGACUUCCCCAGUCUGGCGGCCCCGCAGCGGCCUGUCUCGGCGCCCGUGGCGGCUCCGGUGCGGUCCGCGCCGCCCAGAGCCGCCCCCGCCCCCGCCCCGGCCGCGGCGCCCUCGCUGAGUGUCAGUGUACAGCGUAAACAGGCGCCGGCUAAGGGCGGCGGCAAACAGCAGGGGCAGGGCCGCAGCACCAAUGUGGCCAUCGACUUCAAGCGUCGGCCGGCGUCGGCAGGCGUGGCGGCGGCGGUGGCGGCGGCCGCGGCGGCGGAGUACGACUUUGAGGAGCCCGAGGAGCCGGACGUGCCCAGGAUAUCGCAGGUCUCCAACACGAGCAACAUCACGAUCCAGCGGCCGCCGGAGCCCGCGCCGCCCCGAGCGUCCGGCAGCCGGCCGCCGCCGCUCACCAAAGACGCGUUCCCCUCACUGGGGAGACCCGCCGCGGCCGCCAGUACCUCCUCCUGGGUCACUAAGAAGGCUGAGCCGGCGCCCAAACCGGCCCCGAAGCCGGCCGCUGCCGGCCCGCCGGCUCCGAGCGAUUUCCCAACGCUGGGCCCUGUGGCGGCGCACGGGAACUUUGGGAGCUUCAUGCCCGCUCGCGGGGCAGCGGGGUCGACUGGCUCGGCGUGGGGAGGCGCUGGUGAGACAAACACCGGCAAAAGCAAGAAGAAGAAGACUAAGCGCCCGGCCGGAGGCGAGAAUGGCGUAUCGGCCGCGACCGGGGCUCUGAACGGCCUGUCUCUGACGACUGCUGCGCCGGCGGCGGGGGCGGCGCGGGCUGCGGACGGGAAGUUCCAGUACCGAGAGCCGGAGAACUUUGCCGCCCGAAAUAACCGGCUGGUUCACCAGGCACGCGAGCUGUUCCCCAGCGAACUCGAGUUCAGCGCCUUCAAAACGCUCUCGAAGGCGUUCCGGGAGUCGGAGCUGUCGGCGGAGGACUACUACUCGGGCUGUAUGAACCUGCUCGGUAACGACAAGUUCGGCAAGAUGUUCCCCGAGCUGCUCGUGCUGCUGCCCAACAUCGACAGACAGAGGGAGCUGCUGGCCGCACACGAGAAGCUCAACAAGAACGGGUUCCAGCGGAACAAGUUUCCGUCCUGUCCCACGUGCGGCCAGGUCCUCGUGUUCGACGAUAUGGCCCAGCACACAUCGCAGCACUUCGAGGACGGCGACUUCCCCGUGCUGGACUAACCUGUCGCUGAGAUCGUUCGUCUGCCCGUCCACCGUCCGCCGGUCGCCGUGCCUUGGUUGCUGUCGUAAUGUCUGGAGGUUGGAGCUCGCGAUCGUUAACUAGCCAUGGAGUGAGCGAUUAGUGUCAGAACUGUGAUGGCUGCGCUGGCCAGUGUGCUGGUGUGUGGUGUUUUGAGUGGUGCUGACGAUAGCAGAAUGCGGGGUUUGGUGGGUGGCAAUAUGUCUGUGCCAAGACGAUGGUGCGAGUCAGGGUGAUUUUGGGCGAUUGGGGAAAGUUAUGUUUGCAAUGUCAGCACUCAGCAGGUAUCAGGUGCAUGGGAUUUCAUCUUGUAAAGGUUAUCCGCACACGCUAUUGAUUGGAAUCGCGGUAGACCAGUUAAACCAGUCCGUUAACCUGAUGGGGUGGGAGUGCUUUCUGCUGGCUUCCAGCCGGUAAACCACCAGCCCUAGACUCCGCGUCUAGUGCUGCCUGACAGUCUGCCUGUCACCGAGGCGGGGGCACUCCACUCGGGACCAGGUGAUACCAGACCCAGUCAUCUAAGGCCGAUACUCUGUCGCUUUGCGCUCAUGCUAGUUACGUUCGUGUUGCGGGGAUGGCACCAUGCCUGAGUUUUGUGAAACAUCUGAACGAGACGACGCAGUUGCGAUGAUUUAGCUGAUAAGAUUCAAAGUAUUAAUCGGUUACGAUUCCAUCUGCUUGACUACUCGUACUCUCCUGAUAUAGUCGUUUUUAGUGAUCUAGCUCCGCCUGCGCUGGUGUGUUGGUGUUGUGUUGGAGAUACGGCUGGCCACCCGGCGGUGCGCGGCGGGGCCGGUGGGCGCUGGCCCUCCCGACUCCGACCGGCCGGCCUCGGCCCUGUUAGUGCCUUCUGUUGGCGGCGUACGCUGCGGCCCCGGACCGCGGGGACGGCCGACCGCCGCUGGGAUGUGAUCGUUGUGUUACGGAUGAAUUAGCGAACCAGGUGAUGGAAUGGUCUGUUUCACUGAAUACAGAAACGUUUUCCAAUG